AUGCAAGAGGUAUUUAUCUUUGCCAACAGUCUGAUUGAUAUACGACCAAGUCAACUAGACUGGGACUCUUCAAAGAGUCUCGAUACCCCGAUCAUCCCGAAAGUCUUGAGCAAACCGUUCCAGAUUGUCCAACAUGUUGGCGUGAUAACUAUUCCCUCUGGUGUUUGCUCGGACGAAUCUCGAACUUUGAUCGACAAGCUGGCGGAAGGGACUGUCUACCACCACCAUGGCACGUAUUCCUCGCUUUCCAUUUCAGGACCUGGAAGAAAAAUAUCAAAACGUAGUCUGAAAAUAAUCCGAGCCAUGGAGCAUGUUGGGACUACAAGAAUGUGUAUACCUGAACUGGAUCACCUGUCACAAGAGCUUCAUCGAGUCGACCAAGUCCCAGAUGUACUACCAAGGUAUCGUACCGUUUUCUGGAACUGUCACGAUUAUGCAGUUCAUUUUGCGAUCCUUGCCGUUGAUCAAUUUCCCCCAAAGCCCGCUCUUGUGGAACUUUCGGUAACAAUCGAAAAUUCGAAAUCCGCCUUUUGCCGGAAACAUGAAGAAUGUGUUAUUGGGAUGAUGCUCCUCGCCCUCUGCGUUGGAUCCUGUUCGUGCAUAUUUGAUCUUUUCGGCUACACCUGGGCCCAUAGAUUCAUUUUGCUGGCGCUGUUAUCGACAACAUUGUGCAAUAUAUACUACACAUUGUGGAGGUUUCAGCAGAUUGAGGCUUUAGAGAAGCGAGAGGCUUGGCUACGUGUCCUCGAGGAACGUUUUCCUAGACUGUCUGCGUUCCGCCUCCGGAAUGUCGCUGGACUGUUCACCAUUCGGGAGAACUUGUGGUUUCCAAGAUUCUAA